GUGCUGGAGCUCGUGCCCGCGUCGGCCCUGCUGGCGGGGGAGGCCGCGGCGAGCUGGGAGCCCCGGCAGGUGGCCCUGGACUUUCUCGAGGUCCGGAACCCGAGGCUGUUGGCAGAAUACGCUCGCGCCGCCCAGCGCAAGGGCAGCGGUGUGCUCGCCGGCGGCCUCCCGCCCGCGCUGGACGAGGAGGAGCUGCUGGCCCGGGCCGUGGUGCCCGAGAUGCGCCGCCGCCUCGCCCCGGCGCAGUGCCUGGAGCUGCCCGGGGGCGCGCCGCACAUGCCCUCCGAGGACGCCCUGCUGCAGGCCGCGCGGAGGCUCAACGAGGCCGUGGCCGCCGAGGAGUCCCGGUUCCUCGCCAACUUGGGCGUGCGGCUGCGCGGCGGGAAGGUGCCGCUCCUGAACGCCGCCCACCUCUCCCUGCGGCACAGCCUGCUGGAUGCGCUGAGCGCCGCCGAGGCCCGCAGGGCAGACCGCCAGUGGAGCGCGCUGCAGUCGCACCGGCAGCGCACCGAGGAGGAGUUCAUGGCCAUGGUCCACAAGCGCACGGGCGACGCCCGACGCGCCCACAUGCUCGCCGACCUCUUCUUCGACGCGCUGGCGCGCGAGUGGCUCGACGAGUCGCUGGUGUCG